AUGCUUCAUCAGCUGAUGAGAGGUAAGCGAAUUAGUGUGGUUGGAUUGGGAAGCAUUGGGUUGGAAGUUGCUAAAGGACUUGAAGAUUUUGGAUGCCUCAUAUCAUACAACUCAAGGACGAACUCAUCAGCUCCUUACAAUUUUUAUUCCAACGUUGUUGAGCUCGCAAGUUCCUGCGAUGCACUCAUAAUCUGUUGUCCUUUAAACGAGCAAACAAGGCACAUGAUUAACAGAGAAAUGAUGCUGGCAUUGGGAAAAGAAGUCAUUAUGAACGUUGGAAGAGGUGCUCUUAUAGAUGAAAAAGAAUUGGUCAAGUGUUUGAUGCAAGGAGAGAUUGGAGGGGCUGGUUUGGAUGUGUUUGAGGAUGAACCUAUCGUUCCUGAAGAGCUUUUCGAUUUGGAUAAUGUUCUCUUAUCUCCUCAUCACGGCGCAUACACUUCAGAAUCUUUAAUGGGUGUUGCUGAAGUUGUGAAACAGAACUUUAGAGCCUUCUUCUCCCAUAAGCCGUUAAUUGCUCCUUUGUUAGUUGAUUAA